AAAAAAAAAAAGUCUUUUUUUUGUCUUCUUGUUUUCUUUCACUUCUUUUUCCUUUUGGCUCAUGCUGUUUUAAAUCAUUUGCAUCUCAUCCUCAUUUUUCAUUUUCCAUUUCAAUUAACUACUUCUUUUUCUGUUAAUCCCUAUUGCAUUGUUGAUACCCCCGAACCCAUUUCCUCUAUUUCUUUUUCCUUUUGGUAAGCUACCCUUGGUUUCUUUCCUUUGUAUGGUUUUUUUUGUCGAAUGUGUGUGCCUUUAUAAUUAUUGAUAAUAAAAACCUGUAUUAUCCAGCAUGUAAAUAUAAUCCAAAAAAGCAAUCAUGGCAACUGCUACUACUUUUACCACCGCUACAGCUGUCACUACUACUACAACUACUACAACUAAAACAGCAUCCUCUUCAACUCGACAUCAAACACAACAACAACAGCAACAGCAACAACAACAACAGCUCCUCCCACCUCUGUCCGUGAAACCCUCGAUAUCGAUGCAAUCGGAAGAUUCCGUCUUUUCUCGACUUGGUGCAACCCCACUGCCCGACAAGGAAAUCAAUGCCAUCCUCAACCUGCAUGAAAACUUGUCACUCAGCCAAGUCCUCAUACACUUUGAUGCAUGUAUGGACAAAAUGACACGAUGGCUUGAAACAGCUCAAAUGGCUGUAUUUACAUUGGAACUACAGCUCAAGGAAGGCGGCAGUAACAACAACAACAACAACAACGAACUACUCCAACACUACUAUGACGACUAUGAAAACGAUCAUCUUUUAGAACUGGCUUUUGGUAGGAUGGAGCCACUUAUUUCGAUUUUGGUCGAAGUGGGUCACAUCCUCGAAGACAAACUCGACAUGGAAGGGGACGAUUAUAAUGGCGGUGGCGGUGUUGGGACGAGCGGUGCUAAUACCAAAAAGAUGCACACGCGCAUGGCGAUUACCAAAGUCCAAAGCGAAUGGUCUGGUCUGCAGCAUUUCAUGUCGUCGGUGCUUAAACAACUGGAUACGAUGAAUGAGAAAAAGGAGCUCACGCUGCUCAUGGAGAACGUGCUGCAGCAAAUUGAUGACUUGUCGAUUAUGAUGUUCCAAUUUCAGGAGAAGCGGCAUGCUGCUGCUGCUGCCGCUGCCACUACCACUGCAAUCACAGCUGCUACUGCCAAUGGUAUUGCUUAUAAUUUGGAUACUCAGAACGACGUCAUGGGCUCACCGAUUAGCACUACCAGCAGUUUGUUUUCUCCUUCCACGACCACGACUACCACUACAGCUACUGGAACAACAGCUGCUACCAGCGUUGUUAGCAGCAUCCAUAGCAAUGAACCACUGUCGUCAUCAUCAGCAGCACAGGCACCACGAGACGAGCAUAUUCUGGCAGAAAUUGAUAGCAAGGUAGAACCAUUGUUCAACGACGUCCAACGAAUUUAUGCCAGCAUGACGUCCCCUUCACCACCUGAGGACCCGUCCGGGAUGCUCACACGAAAGCACCACAUGGUCCAGCAUCGAUGGGAGGCACUGCGUAUCGAAAUUGAUGACCUCAAAGAAGAGCUCAAGGAAGACCGGUGGCUCACGGUGUUCCGCCAAGUUGCAGAUCAAGUGGAUGUAAUGAUUGACGGUCUUGACAAGACCGUUACUCAGUGUUACACAAUCAUUGACCAGGUGCGCGAGUGGUAUCAUGCAACAUAUCAACAACAACAAUCAUCUCAGGGGAACGCCUUUAAUCGUUUUUCCAAAUCAAUCAUGCGAAGCUUUCCUCGUCAUCACUCUUCAUCUUCGACAACGACGGCAAAUACUACAUCAUCAUCAUCAACGACAGCGACAGCAAUGCCACCGCCAAUGGAUCCGGAAAAGUUCCGAUCCGUGGAAAAGAACUUUGAGGCCAAGAAUAAGUACUAUACGCCAUCGAUCGGUAAAAUGCUUCACAUGCUGGGCAGCGGUAUCGUGUCUCGCGUGGCACACAACAAUGGCACGAGCAAGCGACAUGCGUCCAUGAUGCAGCGAUGGACAACACUGAAAACGUCGAUGGAUACCUUGCGCAACAAGGAUUUGCCAGAGACGGAACGGAUGCUAUCCGAACUCAUGCAUACGCCCAAAAGUCCGGGUGGCUGGAAAAGCAUACGGUACAAGAGUCCAGAGCCUAGUCAUCAUCAACAAGGCGAAGCACUUUUGCGGGCAAAAAGUGCCCACAGCAACAACAACACGUUGCCUAAAACCAAUUUUGCUGUUCGUGGUUACAACAACAACACUAAUCACUAUCAUCACCAUCAGGAACAGGAAGACUAUCGUCGUACGGCAGGUGUUCGUAGUGUAACACCUAGCGGUGGCCGUAUGUUCCAUAGCAAGGUCACACAACAGCAGCAGCAUCAUCAGUACCAUCCACCACGCGCAGCGAGCUCCAUGGCAUAUGCUCGCGAUAUACGACCGAGUGCUUCAGAGUCUUCGUCCAUUGAUUCUUACCCAGUACCAGGACGCAAGACAAUGACGCCCAUUGGCACGAGCCACCACGAGUCAAGGUCGUUUGCGACUACUGCCACGUGUCGCAAGAGCCGUGUACCUGGACGCAAUGGGGAAGACAAAGAAGAGGCGACAUGGAUGAAGCCGACAAAGAGCACGCUGUUGCGAACAGCACGACGCGCACAAAGUGUGGACCAAGGCAUGCGACGAUCCGAAUCACCGAGCAGACCCAAGACGCCGGUCCAGCGAUCCAAGACACCUAAUCCAGGCUAUACACGGCGGAAAUCGACGACACCGAACGUCCCGAGUCGACCCAAGAGUAGUCUCGGUCGUCAACAGCAGCAACUGACAGUACCCAAUAAAAGCAAUGAUUAUGAACUGGAUCGAUCCAUGUCACCCAUUCCGCGUCGUACCAUGACACCAUCCCUGAUCCCACGGCCAAAGACGCCCAGCUCAAGUGCAAUGCGAUGCGAAUCACCGAGUUUGAUUCCACGGCCACGGUCAUCGAUGCAACAACACCAUCCUUCUCCUCCUCCUCCUAUACCGCCCAUACCAGCAUCCUUUUAUCAAGACCAAUAUCAACAGCAGCAACAACCAUCGUUGAAAAAGAAACAGUCGAUGCCCGCGUUGAUGCAUCGUACUACGUCGCCCUUUCGAAUGACGCAUGUUCCCAUGCGCGCACCGUCACCACAGUAUCGACGACGACGGCUUUCCGAAGACGGUCAUGGUGGUGGCAGAGACGGCAUCCAUGGCGGUGAUUUCUCGCUGAUACGGGGACACCAUCCACGCAGUAACAAUCAGCAUCAUCAACAUCAUGAAGUGUAUACGCCCAAUCCAAGGGAUCCAUUAGACAUGGAAGUUGCGCGCAUCGUCAACGCGAGUCCAAUCUCUGUGAAAUGCCAAAAGGGACCGUUGGGCGGCGGGCGGUACUUUUUUGGCAACGAACUGAGCCCAUCGGUGGGCGGGGGCAAGAAACUGUACACUUGUAAAUUAAUGACGUACGAGAACAACACACAAAGAAGGAGCAAAGCAGCGCAUCCGCCACAGAACAAGGUUUUGGUGCGCGUAGGUGGGGGCUGGCAAGAUCUUGAGAUGUUCUUGUUAGAUCAUUCCAAUUUGAUGACCGCCACUACGGCGUCAGAGGUGGGUGGUGGUACUACUCCUGCUGCUGCUGCUGUUGUCCCACGUUUCAAAUAAAGAAGCAUUUCAUUUAUCAUCAUCAUCGAUUAUUAUUGUUAUCAUCAAUCGUGCAUUUUUCAUCUUAUCUUUGGGGCAGUAAAAGGAAAGUAGGGCUAUUUUGGACCAAUGAACGUUCGAGAUAAUCCCCAUCUUUUACCAGCAUUUUCCCGACGUUUUUUUUCUAUUUUCUUUUUCUACAAGCUCCA